AGUCAAUAUGCACACCCCUGACGUCCGCAAACCACCGUUGAGGGCAAGUGCGCCAUUUUGGCUCAAACAAAGUCGGAAUUCACUUUCUUUGCUUUUUUGCCGGCCAACAUCGCUUAAUAUUUUUGUAAACGAUUGGAAUGAGACGUCUGCUCAUGUUUCAACCAAUGUUGUGUUCUGUUUUUUUUCUUCAAGAACAAGUGUAAAGUUGUGAUAGCAUUAGCCUCAGUAAAUGUGCUAGCUAACGUUACCUGCUAACUCUGUCGUUCGAUUCCAUUGCCCCUAGCUCCUUAGUUAGCUUGCUAGUUAAGCCUUAGCUAGCUAGAUUUAGCUGUGUUAGAGACUUGUUAACUCGAUAGGUAUGGGUGGGUGCUCCGCUCCAAAUUGCUCAAACUCAACAACCAUUGGGAAACAACUCUUCCGUUUUCCUAAAGAGCCAAUACGCAAGAAGAAAUGGCUUGUAAACUGCAGGCGUAAUUUUGUACCAACUCCACAUUCCAGACUGUGCCAGGACCAUUUUGAGCUGAGUCAGUUUGAAGAAAUUGCUAGAUCGCCAGCAGGGGGAAAGAAGCUGAAACCAAAUGCCAUCCCCACUCUUUUCAAUGUGCGAGACCCACCUUAUCCUAUCAUCCCACAGAUAGUGCUACCACUCAAACCAGAGCCAGUGGAGAAGGAUCUCAAUCUGGGGGAUCAUGGCUAUGCACGGCGGCAGCCAACUCUGGGCAUGGAGGACGAUGAUUCUGAUGAACUACACAAGACAGUGGAAAGGCCCUGUACCCAUUGUCAACAUUACAGAACCCUGCUGGAACAAGAAAUGCAACACACAGCCAGACUUCAGAAGGAGGCUGAAGAAAUGAAGAAGAGGAUGUUUAAACUGGACAGAAUCGAGAGGGGACUCCAAACAUUUCUAUAUGAAGACCAGAUCCGCGCCCUGACGCUGACCAAGCGCUCCCGGAGAGCUGUGUGGUCCCAUGAGACCGUGUUGAAGGCCCGUAAGAUCCGGUGUGCAGUCGGUGCCAAGGGUUACGAAUUCCUUCGGGAGUUAGGCUACCCCCUGCCAUCAUACAGAACUUUAUGCAACCGGCUGGAAAACAAAAUGAUGGUGACAACGGCCGUGGGCUGUGAUGAGCUGGCAGACCUGGGUCUGGGCAUCAUAUCCACGUGUGACAGUCCGGAGGGAGACGGGGACAUUGACGAGGCUUUUAUUGGAGUCAUGUCAUGACUCGGGAGGGAUGUUCUCAAUCAAUGUGUUGGAAUGUUUGUUUCUUAUUGAGGGAUAAAACGUGAAAUGGCAGCAACAGUGUUGUAAAGGCUGACCAUACAUCAACUGAUAGUCCUAUGCAUUGAAGGAUUUGCACAAAGGGUGAUGUUUGGGUUUACACAUCCUGUAGUUCUGGACUUCUCAGAAUGGUUUACUUGUGGCAAAAAUUUCAAACAACCUUUCUGUGCUCUACCAGAUUAUGAUUUGCUGCGGAUCACCUAUUUCUACAAUUGAGAAUGUUUGACUAAUACCAUGGAGGCGCAGAAUUCUAACCCUUGUUUGGAGAAUGGUGUGGUUUCCCUGUAAUGUCACUUAUGUUAAGUGGACACAUUGGAGUAAUUGGUUCUAUUUUAUUGUGGGAAAUAGUUCAAGCUGAAUUUAGAAACUGCAAUGCAGUAUACAGCCUUUGAGAAAUGUGGUACCUGCAUUGUACUGUCUGUGGCUUUUCAACUGAAUUCCCCUAAGCUUAUUUUGUUACAAUCAAUAAUAGGAUAUUAGCCUAGAAGCAGAACAUUCUUGGUGGGAGAUGUUUUGUAGACAACACACUAAAGGGUGCAGUAGUGCUCUGCUCAAAACAAUGGUACUUGAGGUAGAUAAAUAAAGACCUUUUAAGUAA